AUGUGGGAUCUGCUUUCUAGAACCUUGAUUCUAGGGCUUCUGUUUAUCUCAGGGGCGUGCAAAGAAAGCCCUGACGACGACGUACCUCCCACGACCACCAUUAUAGACAUCCUCUCGAGCAACGCCAACUUCAGCAAGAUCCUGCUCAGUCUGCAGCGCAGCGACCUGGUCGACUACGUCAACGAGCUUGGGAAUGUCACUUUUCUUGCGCCAUUGAAUACAGCCUUCUCCGAAGGCCAGCUCUACCAGAGCCUCUCUUUAAACGACGUCUCGCGACAUAUGAUCGAUCAGCCGGUGAACGCGGACGAGGUGCGCGGUCUCGAAGUGUACAGAACACUUCUGUUCAACACGUCGGUGCUGUCCGGAGGUGUUCAGCGGCCAAUCCUGCUCGACAAUAGAGACGACCUGUUUCUGGCCGAUAAUGCGAUCGUCACCGAGCAGUACGACGUGAGGUCGAGCAACUCGGCUGUUUUUGGCAUCUCCUCGUUUCUAGAGCGCCGCAAGUCUGCGUGUGAGUUCUUUGCAGACAUCGCCCACGCAGAUCCUGUAUUCGCAGAGUACCAGAGCCUGGGGCGAUUAUUUUCCGAUAACGAUUUUUGUGCUACGAGGAAAAUCACCAACGUCACCUUCUUGGUCCCUUCUGACGCCAGUGUGGGCCUGAAUGAGAUUGAGCUAAACUACCUGAAUACAGACCAGGGUCUAGAGGACAAAACGAGGCUCCUUGAGUCGCACGUUGUUUCUGGCAUCUGGGGAGGCCGGCUGGACCCUGUCCACACCAAAACUCUGACCAACCAAAAAGUCCGUCUUUCUUCCAACUCAGAAGGAAGCAACGUUAGAGUACAAAACACCAGCUCCACAUUCGCAAAUUACCUGCUUUCCGACGGCAUUGUUCAUCUGUACGACGCUCUUCCCUUAGAAAACUCCAUUCCCGUCUUCACUCCGCGCAAGUACCUUCUGGGACUGGGCCUCGCGUCUGUGGUGGACCAGCUGGACUUCCAUAAAUUGUCCGGCCUCAUCGACGACCGCAACGUGAGCCAGACGAUAUUCGUGACCGAGAGUGCCGAGUCGACAGAAUCGAAAAGCUCGCUGCUGUACCAUUUUGUCGACGGCGCGGUGGAAUUUGACCGCGACGAGCUGCUCACCACGAAAUACUGCUCCAGCUCGGUUUUGGGCCACUGCCAGAAGCUCAAGGUCCUCAAACGCGGCGACCAGGUGUCACUCAACAACAACGUCUUCGUCACCUCUCCAAAAAUACCCAUCGGCAACACAUACAUCUACUUCGUCGACGAAGACCUCCCGCUGCCGCUUCCGUUCCAGCACGCCGUGUCGCCGUUUCUGCGCUGCGCCAAGAGCAUCAAGCUGCUCCACGACUUUGGCCUGCUCAAAUUCCACAACAACGGCGGUCUGGGAUACACCGUCUUUCUGCCGAACGCGGACGCGUGGCGCGACCUUGAUCUCGUGCUGGACUAUCUCUACGCGAACCGUGACGUCAUGCUGGAGAUUCUGGGAAACCUCGUUGUCAACGGCCUGAUCUACGACGACUUCCGGGGCUCAGCUACCCUGACUACGUUGCUAGACAAACCGCUUGAGGUGGAAACAGACUCAGACACACUCUUCAUAAACGGUACCGCAGUUGACGUCUCCAUUGAGUCUGAGGUGCUGUUUGACAAAGGAGUGGCCCAUCCGAUAGGGAGUCUCGUCUUCCCUGCGACAGUGCAGAUCGGCGUGCCGGAGCUGCUCUCUACCGUCGACGGCGAGGAGUUCCUCAGGGUUCUGCAGCUCCUGCGGCUCGACCAUCUUCUCUACGAGGACUACUCGUUCAUUGUGCCGAGCUCGCGCUCGAUGAGACUCGAGAACUUCACGUCUGAGCUGUCCAACCUAGCCAGACUCGAAAAAUUCGCUCGCUUGCACAUUCUGCCUGCUGGAGGCAUGGAAAAAAUUAUUGAGUGCAACGACACCAUCCCGACGCUGCUGGAGAACGUGCACCUAUCGUGUCGCGAGCUCACGUCGGGCAUCUCCAUGUUGCGCGUGCGCGAGGGCAACGACCACGAGGUGCGCGUUUUGCGGCACGGACUCGCCAUCAGCAGCACGGACACCGCGACAGGCAUUUUGCUCGUGGACCGGUCGAUCAACCCGGACUGGCUCAGCGCCUCGGCGGGCCCGAUCCACCUGCACCUGCCGUUUGUUGCUCUGCUGGUUGGCGUCGUGAUCGGCAUGCUGCUGCUUGCGGUCGUGGCGUCGUGCUGUCUGGUGUGCUCUGUCGGCAAGCACACGUCGGUGUCGAGCGAAACGGCUCCUCUGCUGCGUGCGCACGAACGUCUCGAGAACCACGCGCCGCCAAGCCCGCCGCCGCCCAACGAAUCCGAGUCGUACUCGAACUACUACUCUACGCAUUCGUCCUCAAGACCGAUCGACGUGGACCAACCGUGA